UUGUAGUAUGACCUCCUGCAAGCUGGUAGAGGCUCUAAAACUGCCCCUUUCCUGCCCUAAGCAUUUGCCAUGUGUUAAACUGGCUCCAUUUCAGAAGAACAAAUCCCGCUGUGAGCUUGUUUCUGCUUCAAUUACAACUAGCAUUACUGUGAUGUCAAAAAAGAAAGAAGAAUGGAGUCUUCUCUUGAGUCAUAAAUAAAGCAAAUACUUAUUUUUACAAAACGCAACAUUUCCCCUAACAUCAGCGCGCGUAUAUUUUGCGUUUCAGGCGAUGGCUCUGUCAUUUCUGAUGUACCCAGUGCUGAGAAGUUUGGCUCUUCAAGUGCACUCAGCUGUCACUGGCAGCUACAUCUCUGGGACCCACUCUGUCGCCUUCAUCAAUUGUAUCAACGAGCAAAUUGCCAAGGAUAUUGCAAGGGCCAUCAUGGAUAAGAAGCUGGCUGCCUGCGUGAACAUCCUGCCCAAGACGUCCACGCUGUAUUUUUGGAAGGGUGAAAUAGAAGAAUCCACAGAGAUAUUGCUACUAGUGAAAACAAGGACAUCGAAGAUAAGUGAAUUGUCCAGCUACGUCAGAUCCAUCCAUCCCUUUGAAAUUCCUGAAAUCAUCAGCCUGCCCAUUGACCAGGGAAACCCGCUCUACUUCAAGUGGCUGGAAGAAAGCAUGGCAAGGGAAUGAGAYGCUCGGAAGGAC